CGCCGAGAAACCCAGCGCCACGCAGGCCAAGCUCACCCACGAGAUCCUGGGCCUUUCCAUGGCCACCAUCCUGAAGCAAUCGGCGGAUUUUCUAGCCAUCAAUAAGCUGCUCAAGUACUCCUGGUUUUUCUUUGAAGCACUGGCAAAGUCAAUGGCAAUAUACUUACUGGAAGAAAACAAAAUUAAGCUCCCCAGAGGCCAGCGCUUCCCUGACUCCUACCAGCAUGCCCUGCAUUCGUUGCUGCUUGCCAUCAUUCCUCAUGUGACCAUUCGCUAUAAUGAAAUUCCCGAGGAGUCCAGGAAUGUCAAUUUUAGCUUGGCUAACUUCCUGAAGCGCUGUUUGACCUUUAUGGAUAGAGGAUUUGUUUUUAACUUGAUAAAUGAUUACAUUUCUGGAUUCAGCCCAAAAGAUCCUAAGCUCCUGGUUGAAUACAAGUUUGAAUUUCUUCAAACCAUUUGCAACCAUGAGCAUUACAUUCCUCUGAACUUACCAAUGACAUUUUCUAAACCCAAGCUGCAGCGAGUUCAAGAUGUAAAUCUCGAAUACAGUUUAACGGACGAGUACUGCCGGCAUCAUUUCCUGGUGGGGAUGCUUCUCCGAGAAGCCUCCGUCGCCUUGCAGGACAACUACGAUAUCAGAUGUACGGCCAUCGCGGUCUUAAAAAAUCUCUUGAUAAAGCACGCCUUCGACAACAGAUACCAGCACAAGAACCAGCAGGCGAAGAUUGCCCAGCUCUACCUGCCGCUCUUCGGGCCGCUCCUCUUGUCCCAGUUGCAGCACUGGCUGCGGAGCAAGCCUGUUGCUUGCUGUCAUUUAAUGUAUCCCUGUGCUCUGUGCCUCAUCCUGCAAGGUGAGGCUUCCAGAGAUGAAUUCAUGUGCAAUUUUGCAUCUCCUUCAAACAGAUCCAGUCUGAUUGCAGACAAAGAUACAGCCUGUGGAGCAGCACUUCCAAACGGACAUGGGAUAAAGCGAGAAGACUCAAAAGGAUCCCUGAACUCGGAGGGGGCAACAGGUUCCCCGGAUCAGUGCGAAAAUAUCCGCAGAAGCUCCACGAGGAGCAGCGUGUCGCACUGCAGCCGCCUGGACCAGUUUGAGAUCCGGACGCUCCUCAUGUGCUACCUCUACAUUGUGAAGAUGAUCUCUGAAGAUACUCUUUUGGCUUACUGGAACAAAUUCACCCCUCAAGAACUGAUCAACGUCCUUGUGCUUCUAGAAGUGUGUUUGUUCCACUUCAGAUACGUGGGGAAGAGAAACAUCGCCAGGGUGCACGAUGCCUGGUUAUCCAAGCAUGUGGGAGCUGAUAGGAAAUCUCAGACGAUGCCAGUGCUCCGCAGCAGACCUGGAGGGAUGCAGGCACGACUUCAGCAUCUGGGCAGCUUGGAGACCUCCUUCACUCUUAAUCACAAUGCAGGCACAUCAGAAGCUGAUAUUGUGCACCAGGCGUUGCUGGAGGGCAAUAUUGCCACUGAAGUGUGCCUGACAGUCCUGGACACCAUCUCUUUUUUCACACAGAGUUUCAAG